GGUGGUGGGAGCGAACCGGGAUGCAGCUGCUGGCAUGUGUGACGGUAGAACCUGUACCCAAUCCACACAGCAUCACGUUUAAAAUGAUUAUAAGAAGCUGCUUUAGUGUUAUUGAUCAGUUAUGAUUUUUAUUUGAAAUGAACAAACAGAACGCUGACUGGAUUUAUUAGAUAAGGCUUGAUCGGUUGUGUUCUGACUUGUAUUUCUGUUGAGGAGGUAUAGCCUAGGCUAUCUGCAUAAUGUGUUUGACGAUAUAGCCCUCAGCAUCAGUACCAGGCUCAAUCAGAAACACCUUGAUGAACCACCACCUGGAAUACAAGGACUAUUGCAAUGAAGUCGACUUUCACAUAGAUCACAUCUCGUUGCUAAACCAGUGUAUAUAAUAGAUUAUAACACCACGCUGGCUGGCGUUUUGCAGGGUACUUUAUUACAUGGAGCUAUUUCCACCUUUUUGUCCCCGAGUAGAGUAUUUUUUGUUGAACUACACAUAAAAACGACCACUGCUCGCAAACUAUGGACGAGGAGAAUAUGACAAAAAGCGACGAGCAGCAUUUGAGUUUGCAAAAAGCUUUGCAGCAGUGCGAGUUGGUUCAAAAUAUGAUAGACAUAAGCAUUUCCAGCUUGGAGGGUUUGAGGACCAAAUGUGCCACAUCCAACGACUUGACACAAAAAGAAAUACGAACGCUGGAGGGAAAGCUGGUGAAGUACUUCAGUCGCCAGCUGUCCUGUAAGGUGAGAGUGGCCUCACAGGAGGACAGCACUGAGCUACAGGACUUCCCCAGACUGGGACACUGGUUCCGCAUCGUCAACCUGAGGAAGGAGGUCACUGAGGAGAUGGAUCCGGGCGACGUGACUCUGGAGGGGCUGCUGAAGAUGAGUGAUGAGCAGGUGUGUGAGGCCAUGGAGAAGUUUGGAGCCAACGACGAGGAGUGUGCCCGGCUCAACGCCUCUCUGUCCUGCCUCAGGAAGGCCCACCAGUCCGAACAACUCGAGGAUGACUCAUUGCCCAAUAACGGAGCAGGCAGCCAUGCCAAGCAGGACUGGUCCAUCCAGUGGCCCACCUCUGAGUCUGGCAAGGAGAACACUCCCUUCCCCUCUCCAGAACCCAGCCAGUGGGUCCGCUUCCAGCUCUCCCAAAGCCCCAUGGUCCAGGCCAAGUACAACCAGCAGCACCACAGCCAGUGCCACAGCCCCCAGUCAUUGCUACCCUAUCCGUAUGGCCCCUAUGUCCAGCCAGACCGCCUCACCGUGGACAGCCACCUGGGACUGGGGGCCUUCCCCCCCAUGGACACGGGUCAUCGAUCCCUGCCCCCCUCGCCCCGUCAGAGGCACUUUGCCCACACCCCUCCCCGGACUCCACUCGUGGUGAACACCAUGACCCCCCCGGGCACGCCCCCCAUGAGGCGCAGAAACAAGGUGAAGGCCCCCGGGACGCCCCCACCGCCCAGCCGAAAGCUCAUCCACCUGCUGCCGGGCUUCACGGCGCUGCACCGCUCCAAGUCACACGAGUUCCAGCAGGGAAACCGCAUAGGUCUGGAGGCAGCUGACCUGCAGACACUCAAAGUGAAGCAGAAGAAGUCCAAGCCUCAGCACCUGAAGAUCAACAGCAGUGUGGGGAGCUGUGAGAACCUCCCUACCCAACGUUCACCCCUCCACUCCUCUGACCAUCGCUCACUCCGUUCCUUCUUCUUCCCCACCUUCAUCCCCUCCACUCCCCCCGUCCACUCCGAUGCAAACGAAGACUAAUCCUUCCCAGAUCACAUACACGUAUCCCAGGAUACCCAGAGGUACCGUGUCAGCGCAUACAGCCACCUUAUUGGCUGUUGCCUUCUUAGUGCCCCCACCGGAAGCCAUUAGCGCCUGAGCGGUAUGUAGAAAGAGAGUGAGAGGAAGACGAUACGAAGAGACUGAGAAUGACGGAGGCAGGGACAGGAGUGAAAUAUAGCCGUCGACAGGGGACCUGAAUGGGUUUAGACCAAGGAUCAUCAACUAGAUUCAGCCGUUGGCCAAUUCUUUCUUGAGCGGAUGGUCAGGGGGCCGGAAACAUUUGUUGACUGCAAAUUGACCCCAAGAAGCUCAAACAGAUAUAAUAUUUGACUAAAACAUAAUAAUUUCAAACCUUGCUUACAUUUGUGUAUGAUCACAUAUACUGAGUGUACAAAAUAUUAGGAACCCCCGCUCUUUCUAUGACAUAGACUGACCAGGUGAAUCCAGGUGAAAGCUAUGAUCCCGUAUUGAUGUCACUUGUUAAAUCCACUUCAAUCAGUGUAGAUGAAGGGGAGGAGACUGGUUAAAGAACGAUUUUUUAGCCUUGAGAGAAUUGAGACAAGGAUUGUUUGUGUAUGUGUGCCAUUCAGUGGGUGAAUGGGCAAGACAAAAGAUUUAAGCGCCUUUGAAUGAGGUAUGGUAGUAGGUGCAAGGUGCACCGGUUUGAGUGUGUCAAGAUCUGCAACACUGCUUGGUUUUUCACGCUCAGCAGUUUCCCGUGUGUAUCAAGAAUGUUCCAUCACCCAAACAAACAUCCAGCCAACUUGACACAAACUGUA